AUGCCGUUGUCCAAUCAGAGGCUGAGCUUCACCACUGCUUCAAGAUGUUGGAUGUUGAGCCGAUGGUUUCUGUUGUUUCAGGCUCUGCAGCAGUUGGUGAGCAGCAGACAGACUCUGGAUCUGUCCCAGCUGCUGAAGGUCAAAGUUCACGUUGUCUGCCGGCAGCAGGCCGACGCCGCCACGUUCAGCCUCAGCUGGUCGGCCGUCUGUCCUGCCGUCCCGCUGGACGUCCAGCCGGUCCGCGCCGUCCCCAUCAUCCCCACCGCCCUGCUGAGGGCGCUGACGGGCAUCGGCCGACCAGCGCCCCCCGCUGGCCGGCAGAGAGGGUUUUUGACCAUGGAUCAGAGCAGAAAGCUGGUUCUGCUGCUGGAGUCGGACCCCAAAGCCUCCAGCCUGCCGCUCGUCGGCCUCUGGCUGAGCGGCGUCACACACGCCUACAACCCUCAGGUUUGGGCCUGGAGCCUCAGGUUCAUGUUCGGCUCCGCCCUGCAGGACAGGGUUCUGUCUGAGCUCGGCUGCUUCCUCCUGGUCGUGUUUGGCUCCACCCACAGAACCCCUCAGUUCUUCCAGUGCCGAGAUUCCCGACCGGGACCGGGAGCCCAGCUGGACUUCCAGCUGCUGACGGCCUCCCAGGCCGCCACGCUCUACCAGCAGGUGGCGCCAGUGGACGGCGGAGCGCUGCGGUGCGAGUUGGUCCCAGAGGAUCCCAGCAGGCAGGGCGAAGCGUUCAGAACGGCUCACGCCGCCUUCAGCAGGGCGACGCCUCCAGCUGCCGGUCCGUCCGUCAGCGAUCAGGACUCUGGAGUGGAGGAUGAGGACUUUUCUCCCCGACCGUCUCCGAGCCCCCACCCUCCAGCAGCUCAGGCUCGCCGCGUCCAGCCGUCCGUUCCUGAACUCUCCCUGCUGAUCGACGGCAGCUUCUCCUCCAAUCACAGCGGGGGGCAGCACUCUGGCCCCGCCCACAGGCUGCCUCCAGCCAACAGGAAGCCGGCUUCCCCCACCGCCUCUUCAUCAGCGGCACAGCCUCCUCCUCUUCCUCACCUCCACAGCACACCGAACUCCAACCUGCAGCAGCCCUGCGCCUGCUGCUCCGCCCACAACUGCACCUCCAUCUUCCCCUCGCCAGUGCUCCUCCCUGCUGCCGUUGCUCCUCACAUCCAGCAAUCUGCUCCUCUUCGUCCCUCUUCCUUUCCGAAAGCAUCUUCGCCCCUCGCCUCCUCUCAGCACUACACCCCCAAACAUCCAUCCACUCCUCCUCUUCCUCCUGUCUGCUCCUAUAAACAGACUCCUCCUCCUCUUCUUCCUCCCUGCAGCCAUCCGUCCACUGCUCCUCUUCCUCCUUCUCUUCUUCCUCCCUGCAGUCAUCCGUCCACUCCUCCUCUUCCUCCUCCUCCUCUUCCUCCCUGCAGUCAUCCGUCCACUCCUCCUCUUCCUCCUUCUCUUCUUCCUCCCUGCAGCCAUCCGUCCACUCCUCCUCUUCCUCCUCCUCCUCUUCCUCCCUGCCCCCACGCUCCUCCUGCCCCCCUGUGGCACGCAGACCCCCCCUCCCUCGCUCGCCCCCCCUGUGGGAAUCCCUGCUGUGAGAAAGUGGGCGGAGUCCUGACCUCUGACACCUACCAGCUGCUGCUGCAUCAGGACCAGCAGCUGCGCCUCCUGCAGGCUCAGGUCCAGAUGCUGCUGGAGGCCCAGGGGAAGCUGCAGACCUCCGACCCGCAGGUCCAAACGGCGCCGCCCAGGAGCACCGCCAGCGUCGCCGUGGGAACGGGCGCCAGUCUGUUCUGGGGUCAAAGUCCCGACCGGCUGCUCCUGCAGGAGGAACCAGAACUCAAACCCGACCCCAGAACCCCGCCCUCAUUCUCCUCCAGCGCCUCCGCCUCGUCACAUGACCUGUCGCUGCACAAGCCAGAGGAAGGAGCGAGCUGCUCCCCAUCCGACCCCCACAGCACCAGCGGCCUGCAGAGUCCGGUUCUGGGAGAGAGUGUCAGCAUGUACGGACCUCCAGCAGAGCAGCAGAGCUUCUACCAGAACCUGAUGACUCAGCUCAGCAGCCGCCUGCAGGAGUCGGACAGCAGACAGGAAGAGGAGGACGACUCCAACAGGAAGAGCCCGUCUGCGUCCCACCACUCCCAGUCCUCCCACCACUCCCAGUCCUCCCAGCUGUCCUCUUCCUCAUCCGACAGGGAGCGGGACCAGAAAAAGAAGAAGAGGAGUCCGGACGGUGACGCUGUGACCCGAGCGACGCUGCGGCGGCUGCAGCAGCUCGGCGUCGCCGUGGAUACGGAAAAUCUGACAGAGUCGGACAAGAACCGAAUCAGAGCGGUGGAGACGGCCAGCACCUUGGCGACCAUCAACCCAGCGGCGGUCGUCUCUAGGCUGACCGUCUCCGAGGCGACGGGCAGCGGUCUGUUCGCCGGCGGCAGCGUGGACCUGAGCCUGGAGGCCAACGCCAUCGCCCUGCGCUACCUCAGCCAAUCACAGCUCAGCAGGCUGUCCCUGGGAGGCCACGCCCCCUCCGGCUGCGGCGACUCCCUGCUGUCUCCUAGCAACAUGUCCCUGGCUACCAGGAAGUACAUGAGGCGCUACGGCCUGAUCGAAGAGGAGGAGGAUGAGGAGGAGGUCAGAGGUCAGGAGGCCCGACAGCCGCUGACUGAUGCUCUGAACCUGCAGUCCCUCCCACAGAGUCAGCUGAUCCGGGAGCUGCGGCCCAAAAUGCAGCUGCUGGCCGGAACCAGAACCGGCGAGGAGAAAGAAAACCGAAUGGUGCCGGUGGGCCGGACAGGUCCAAACGGGCCGCAGCCGGAGGGAUCGGUCGGGAACAUCCUGGACCUGAGCCGCCUGAGGCAGCUGCCCAAGCUGUUCUGACCCAACAGAACCAGAACCAAACCUGGACUUACUUUAAUACAUGUGAACUUUAGAUGAAAUCAGGUUCUGGUUCUCUUGGACCAGAACCCGGUCAGAUCAGCUGAUCGUAUUUUUUUUGUUUUCUGGUUUUUAUGUGAAACUUCUU